AUGCAGGGCUACGUCGCUCUUUUGCUUCUGGGAGGAAUCUCACGCCCCGCUCUGGCAUUUUCUCUCGCCGAAGACCCCCAGUUUCCGUUCAAAGUCCCAGCCUUGGACGCCAACAGAUCGCCAUGCCCCGUCCUCAACGCACUAGCUAACCAUGGCUACCUUCCACGAGACGGAAUGAAUAUCAAUAUGGAACAACUGAAGUUUGCCUUCACUAAAGCCCUCAACAUCGACGAGAAGGUCACCGUCAAGCUUGCCGAGCCAACCUUCCCUAUUUCGACCACCGGCAACUCGAGCACGGUCAACCUGAAAGACAUGGAAAAACACAACGUUAUCGAGCACGAUGGAAGUCUCUCGCGCGAAGAUGUUGCCGUGACUGGCAACGCGAACAAGUUUGACGCGCGCGUGUGGAACGGGGUCAAGGCCCACUUCACCGGGGAGACGAUUGAUACCAAGACGAUGGCUAUCGCGCGGAAGGACAGGGUUGCAGUGGCAAUGAAGACGAACCCGACAUUCAACAUGACGGAGGCGCAGCUGAAGCUGUCGUUCGCCGAAUCUGCGUUCAUCUUGGGUGUUCUUGCAGGAGACUUCCAGAACCCCCAGGCGCCGACGAAGUACAUGAACGUCAUGUUUGAGCAGGAGAGGUUUCCGUUUGACGAGGGGUUCAAGACUUCGGCUACCAAGGUUACUGGUGAUCAGGUUGAUAUGUUGGUGGCGGCCAUGAUGAAGGUCACACCGCCAUAG